AUGACGAAACCGGUAGACUACAGGGGAGCAGUAGUAGAGGACUUAGAUUUACAGCCUGCCUUGACUGUAUAUGCCAAUGAAUCUAUCGAUAAAGUAUUAAUAGCUGCAUAUGAACGCGAGUUCAGCCAGGUUCCCGUACUAAAUGAUGAGUCAAACAAGAAGAUAAUAGGAUAUAUCGAUGUAGAGAAGCUACUUAAACAGGACAACGAUCAUAGUAAGAGCGUCAAUGACUACACAAUUCGUUUCGCCUCGAAGAACAAACGUUUCAGAGUAAUAACGCCCUAUACACCACUUGAAGAGUUAGACAGCUUUUUAAUAGAUAACGAAUUCGCUAUUGUUACGGACCAACAAAGAAAGUUCGUACUAGGAAUAGCCACCAGAGGAGAUCUCAGCAACUUCCGUAAGCGCAGAGGGUCAGUUUAA